UCCACUUUCUCCUCUUCGUCUGCUCGGUGCAGCUCUGCCGCUGUUGACCCUGGAUUCAUCUGUCAGCUUCAGCACGAUGAAUGUCAGAAUUGGCUUCAUUUUUCCCCGCUGUCUGCUCCUUCUGUAUCUUUUAUCAGGAGGCUCAUGUUCAGAAGCAGAACACAGGCUCUUCUCUGUGAUUUUCUCCAACUACAGUCAGUACAUACGACCAGUGGAGAACGUGUCUGACCCAGUCAUUGUGCAGUUUGAGGUGUCCAUGUCACAGCUGGUCAAAGUGGAUGAAGUCAAUCAGAUCAUGGAGACCAAUCUGUGGCUGAGACAUAUCUGGAAUGACUACAAACUCAAAUGGAACCCCAAAGACUUUGGAGGUGUUGAGUUUAUUCGAGUACCAUCCAGCAGAAUAUGGAAGCCAGACAUUGUUCUGUACAACAAUGCAGUUGGAGAUUUCCAAGUUGAUGACAAAACCAAAGCUCUCCUCCGUUACAACGGGGACGUUACUUGGAUCCCCCCUGCUAUAUUUAAAAGCUCCUGCAAGAUAGAUGUCACAUACUUCCCCUUUGACUACCAAAACUGCACGAUGAAGUUUGGCUCCUGGACCUACGACAAGGCCAAGAUUGACCUGGUGCUGAUUGGAUCAACUAUCAAUCUAAAGGACUUCUGGGAGACCGGCGAGUGGAUAAUCAUCGAUGCGCCCGGCUACAAACACGACAUUAAAUACAACUGCUGCGAGGAAAUCUACACAGAUAUCACAUACUCCUUGUACAUCCGCCGCCUGCCUCUUUUCUACACCAUCAACAUGAUCAUCCCCUGCCUCCUGAUCUCCUUCCUCACGGUGCUCGUCUUCUACCUGCCAUCUGACUGUGGAGAGAAAGUCACACUGUGUAUCUCUGUCCUGCUGUCUUUGACUGUCUUCCUCCUCGUCAUAACAGAGACCAUCCCUUCCACCUCUUUAGUCAUACCCUUGAUUGGCGAGUACCUCCUCUUCACUAUGAUUUUUGUCACCCUCUCUAUUGUCAUCACUGUUUUUGUAUUGAAUGUCCACUACCGCACACCAAAGACACACACCAUGCCCUGCUGGGUGCGACGUGUGUUCCUGGGUCUGCUACCUCGAGUGAUGUUCAUGACCAGGCCUGAGCGGGACCCGGAGAAGGUUCCCGUCACUGGCAACGUUCAGGCGAUGCAUUCGAGAACCUGCGCUGUUCAUUCUUCAAGUACGCUGCAAAAGCAACACAAGCCUCACGCUCUGGCCUCCAGCGUGGUGUCGAGCCUCGCAAACCGACAACGGCUCUUGAACAACACCGAGCUCACCAAUCUCAACAACCUGAGUGGCGAUUCCGCCAAAUGUGCCGGCUCUGGUUUCUUGUGCUGUGAAGGGCGCUGCAACUGCUGCUGGCAAAAGAGAUCAGGCAAACUGCCCUCAGACUCUGGAGGAGGGAGUGGUGGACUGGGCAGCCUGGGGGCCAUGACUGGAGGUGGUACGGCCGGGGUCGGAAUGGAGAGUCGGUGCUCCAGCUCGGAGUCUCUGGAUGGAGGAAUCAUGUUACACUUGCCGCUCUCGCCUGAGGUCCGGGAAGCCAUCGAGAGUGUUAAAUACAUAGCAGAGAACAUGAGACUGCAGAAUGAGGCACAGGAGGUCCAAGAUGACUGGAAGUACGUUGCCAUGGUUAUCGACCGGAUUUUCCUGUGGGUUUUUAUCCUCGUCUGUAUCCUGGGAACAGCUGGCCUCUUCCUCCAGCCCCUAUUACUCGGAGAGGAUAUCUGAUUGAAUUUUAUAAAACUAAUACUGCAGAAUGAUCAAAGGCACACAGCUGAUGCGAUGAUUCUGGUGAUGUCAAGGAGUGAGUUAAAAACAGAGAACACAGUCCAGAAAGAAAAAAUGACACUGUUUGAGUUGUUUGUGUUUUGGAAUUUAUUAGCUGAAAAAUACUAUUAAAGUAAAAAAAAAAAAAACA